AUGUCUCGUACUUUGACUGCUUUGACUUCGUUGCGCGCCUUUGGCCUGUCAACUACCAGGUUCUCGUACCGUACGGCCGCCACUUUCUCCCGUACCAAGCCUCACGUCAACAUCGGUACUAUUGGUCACGUCGAUCACGGUAAGACCACUUUGACCGCCGCCAUCACCAAGGUUCUCGCAAACAAGGGUGGUGCCGAUUUCUUGGACUACGGUUCCAUUGAUAAGGCUCCAGAAGAAAGAGCCAGAGGUAUUACCAUCUCCACUGCCCACGUCGAAUACGAAACCGAACAGCGCCAUUACUCCCAUGUCGACUGUCCUGGUCACGCCGAUUAUAUCAAGAACAUGAUCACCGGUGCCGCCCAGAUGGACGGUGCCAUUAUCGUUGUUGCUGCAACUGACGGUCAAAUGCCUCAGACCAGAGAGCAUUUGCUGUUGGCCAGACAGGUUGGUGUCCAAAACUUGGUUGUCUUUGUCAACAAGGUUGACACCAUUGAUGAUCCUGAAAUGCUUGAACUUGUUGAGAUGGAAAUGAGAGAACUUUUGUCUACCUAUGGAUUUGACGGUGAUAACACCCCAGUCAUCAUGGGUUCCGCUCUUUGUGCUUUGGAGGACAAGCAACCCGAGAUUGGUGUUCAGGCCAUCGAGAAGUUGCUUGAUGCCGUUGACUCGUACAUUCCAACUCCUUCGCGUGAUUUGGAGAAGCCAUUUUUGAUGCCUGUUGAGACCGUCUUCUCCAUCUCUGGUAGAGGUACCGUCGCCGGUGGUUCUGUCGAGAGAGGUGUUUUGAAGAAGGGUGAGGAAAUCGAGGUUGUUGGUUUGAACUCGCAGCCAUUCAAGGCUACCGUUACCGGAAUUGAGAUGUUCAAGAAGGAAUUGGACCAGGCCCAAGGUGGUGACAACUGUGGAAUCUUGCUGAGAGGUAUCAAACGUGAAGAGCUCAAGCGUGGUAUGGUCAUCUGCAAGCCAGGUACUGUCAAGGCCCACACCAAGUUCUUGGCCUCUUUGUACGUUUUGACCAAGGAAGAGGGUGGCCGUCACUCUCCAUUUGGAGCCAACUACAGACCCCAAUUGUUCAUCAGAACCUCUGAUGUUUCUGUCCAAUUGACCUUCCCAGAAGGUGAUGAUGUUGACCACUCCAGACAGGUUUUGCCAGGUGACAACGUCGAGAUGGUGUGCACUUUGGUUCACCCAACUCCUCUUGAGCCAGGUCAGCGUUUCAACAUCAGAGAAGGUGGAAAGACUGUUGGUACUGGUUUAGUUACCCAAAUCAUGGAGUAA